UUUUUUUUGUUGAAUUUUACAUUGUACAGCUCUCGCUUUCUUUCUGGGUCUUUGUCUGCUUCUUUCUGAGUAUCUCUGUCUCUUUGAAGCUCUAGCAGUCUAGCUCUCUCUCUCCCUCUGUUACUGUGCAAUGGAGCCUGCAAAAAUUGACUGGAAAAACUUGGAGUGGAGAUUUGUAGAGGACAAAGCUUACGAGCAGAUCAACGCCCCCAAGUGGUUCGAUUUCUUGAACCCCAAUGACAACCUCGUGGACGACCACGCCUGGUUCUGCACUCCCGAAUGCAAUCACCCAAAGACCGCUGAAGACUUUCUCAGAUCCUCAUCACCUUACAAGGUUCCAAGCCCAUCUGUUGUUUCUGGGGUCUCUCCACUUGGUGACAAAAUCCUAAGAGAUGUGAAACUAAAAAGAAGAGGGCUCAAUAACUCUUCUGUUCAUCCGACAAGUGAUUCAAGAUUUAAAGAGGAUAGCGAAAACCAGAACCCCAACCUAUCAACCCCUCCGAAUUAUCAAGCUAAGGCCAUGAAGGAAGCAAUCAAAUCAAGUACAGAGAAGAAGCAGCCAAUUGAGACUGCAGCGCAGAACAAUGAGGUGCUUCCGAGGCUGAAAAGCACGCUUUCGGCUAGGAAUUUAUUUGCAGGGAAGGAUAUUCUGAAUCAGAUCACUGACUUCUGCAGCGAGUUGAAGAGACUGGCGACGAGAGCAAAGGAGAGGGAUGAAGUGGAGAAAGGUGUUGUGAAAGACAAGGAAAAGGAAGAGGAGGUGAAGAAGGUGGACUAUACUAGUGAGUUGAAAGGGAUGGCAGGGGAGAGAAUGCCAUUGUUUGAAUUGGGUAAAGGAAAAGCAGAAAGAAUGGUGAAGAAAGAGGAGUGCAAUAGCUAUGUCUUGAGUGAGGUGAAUGGGAAGCAAAGAGAAAGAAUGCCGUUGCAAGAUGCCAAUAAAGGAAAUGCUGAUGGAAUUGAGGGGAGAAUUUUAAAGGAGGGAAAAAGGAUGAAGAAAAGAGUUGACAAUGCAGAGAACAUCCCAGUCUCUUUGAAUUUGGAGUGUGUAAAGCGUAAAAUGGGAGAGGACUUGUUACAAAUCCGGACCAACCCUCCCUCACCUCAAUGCUUUUCUGCUGCAAGGCCCCCCAGCAAAAUCACACCUUCAAAAGCUUCAAAGUCAAGACUGAUGGAAAAAGGAGAGAUCAACAAACAAGUAAUCACCUUGGAUGAUUCGAAACAAGUGAUCGUCAAGGAUGAUUCCGCAGAAAAAGCCACAAGCGUUUGUAUUGCUGAUGGAAAAGAAGCAAGAACCUUGGACGUUUUCUGGUUUCUAAAACCUUGCACACUAUCUACCUAAAUUGGUCGAGACUGAGCAAGAAAUUCAGAUACAUUUUUUUUUCAGUGCCAUUCAUUGAUUCUUUUACAUUGUAGCUUCCUGUAACCAUUUGUUCAUGAAAAGCAUACAUUUUUAUUGGUUCGUGAUUACAAGUUGAAUAAGGGAAAAUGUAAUGUAAUAACAACAGGCCCCCUAAGAAUUGCUUAAGG